AUGUGUUUAGCGAAGAAGGCGAGCAAAGAUCGGCCCAACUUGAAGCCGAGAGGAGCGUCGGCGACGAAGCCGUCGACAACCACGAAGUCCAAUGUGAAGCCAAAAGUCGAAGUGGCGAAGCGCGACAAAUUACAUCAGAAUCCGAAUCCGAAUAACGAAGUUCUGAACGAGAGGAAGGAGGAUGAGGAGGAGAAGCCUUUUACGGAAUAUUCGCUGCUCGAGGAGGACCAGCUCAAAUUGUGGGGCACCAAUAACACCACCAAGACGAUCGAAGCAAAACGCAAAAUGCAAUGCUCGAUGACAACGGUGGGCACGACGGAGAAGAAGCUGCGGCCGUUGCGUCCGAACAGCAAAUCGAUGCCGUCGAACGCGCACAAUAUGCGUUCGCGAGUCGAUGAGAAGAAGACGCGGCACGCGAACCAGAUGCGAAAAACCGACGGCGACGAGAACAACUCGAUCGUCGGCGGUAAUUGCGAGAGGACCGAAUUUCUCGAGAACGCCCAAUUGACGAAGCUGAUGUCGAAUGCCGAUAUCAGAGAAGUGUUGGGCGGCCAGAUGCACGGCACCGACAACGAAGACAACAGUUGCCGGGAUACGAUCGAUGAGAUCGACAGCGAAAUGCAGGACAUUGUGUUCUCACCGCUCAUCAAUCCGGCUCCGAAGGAGAUUCCCCGACAACUUUGUCUCGCACUGAAGACGACUGUUGAGACAACCGGCGACGAACGCGAGGCAUUUGCGCUGGUUUGA